AUGCGUACCCGCGCUUCCCUCCUCGGCCUCCUAGGCCUCUGCACAGCUCAAGUCGCAGCCCACCCUACCACACCAAAUAAACAUGGCUACAUCGAUUGGCGCAAUUUCCACGCCAGCGGUGUCAACCUGGGCGGCUGGCUUGAGCAAGAAUCAACAAUCGAUACAUUCUGGUGGGCCAAAGAAUGCGCCGGGGGUACAGAGCUCUGUGCUCUAGGAGAAUGGGGUCUUUGCGAGUACCUCGGGUCCGAAUGCCCCCGAGUCUUCGAACAACGCUACGAGACCUACAUCACAACAGAGGAUAUCGACAAGCUAGCCGCCGGCGGCGUAACACUCCUCCGCAUCCCAACCACAUACGCCGCUUGGAUUGACCUCCCCGGCUCCAAAUUCUACCAUGGAAAACAGCAAGAACACCUCCUCCGCAUCGCAACUCACGCCAUUGAGAAACACAACAUGCACGUUGUCGUCGACAUCCACUCCCUACCUGGUGGAACGAACGGGCUCGAUAUCGGCGAAGCCACAGACCACUGGGGCUGGUGGUGGAACCAAACUGCAUUCGACUGGUCAAUGAAAGCCGUUGACGCGCUGAUUGAUUUCGUUCAACAUUCUGGACACCCGGAGGCAUACAGUAUUGAGCCCAUUAAUGAACCUGCUGAUAAUCACGAUUUCGCGGAUUUCGGAACUGCUGCUGCUUUGUCGGAGCAUGGAGCAGUAUGGUUGCUGAAAUACUUCGAUGCUGUUCUUGAGCAUGUUAAGGCUGUGAACCCGUUGAUCCCUGUUAUGAUUCAGGGAAGUUUCAGGCCUGAGACUUUCUGGUCGCCGCGUUUUAACAAGGAUGAGAAUAUCGUGUUCGAUUUGCAUCAUUAUUACAAUCAGUACGAUAAUUCUACUUCGGAGAAUUUGCCUACCUUUAUUUGCGCCGAUGCGAAGGUUAGUGCUGGUGAUGGCAAGUUCCCGACCUUUGUGGGUGAGUGGGCGAUGCAGUCGGGUGUUAAGAAUAAGUUGGCUUUGAGGGAGCGGAAUCUCAAGGCGGGUAUCUCGGCGUUUGCGCAGUAUACACAUGGCAGCUCUUACUGGACUGCGAAGUACUUCAGCAAUGUAACUGUUGAGGGACAGGGUGAUAUGGGAGAUUAUUGGGAUUAUGAAGGAUUCAUUGACGCUGGAUUCCUGAAGGGGCAGGUGGUGACGCCAAACUACUGUUCUUAA